GCCUACGACUGCAGAUCUAACAACGACGAUCUGCUGCUUCCCUUCGACUUUAGGCCGAAGGUCUACGACGCCUACGACUACGACUGCAGAUCUAACAACGACGACGAUCUGCUGUUUCCCUUCGACUUGGCCUUCGGCUGCGCCAGCGCGCUGCCCAUCACCGGCCGUCUAAGAAGGCUGCACCUUUCUGGACUGAAACUAUCGCAAAAAUUCGCCGACGAACUAAGAUCCGAGUGCCCAGUCCUGGAAGACUUGAAGCUCGUCAAUUGCAGGUACGACGUCGACUACAGGUUUGGCGGCAGUGUGCCCCCCCGCAUCGCCUCCAGCUCCCUUAAGAGAUUGCACAUCGAGGGGAGCUACAACAGUUACUACAGCUUGAGACAAUUAGACGUUCUCGCCCUUCCUGCACUAGUUUCCAUGAGCCUCGACAAGAUCUUUCAACUGGAUAUUCAAGAUUAUGCUCUGCCGUCCCUCGCCGUGGCAUCCAUCGCAGACCCGGAUAAGUAUGCAGGCAAAUACCGUUUCUUGAAGUCGCUGCGCAAAGCCAGAGUCUUGGAGCUCCGGAGUUUUACCACGGUGGGAUUGCUCGAGGAUGAACCCGAAGGAUUGCGCAACUUCCGUAACCUCAGGACCUUGAUCCUGAUAGAAUGUGAAAUUGGAGAUAGAUGCCAGAUGGUGAGGUACAUCUUAGAGAACGUCCCGAAUUUGGAGAGACUUGUGCUGCAAGAUUGCAAGAUCUCAGGGCAUUGUAGGGGACAAUCAGCUUCCAGUUGGUGCGGUACAUCAUUCCACGGUUGCCAAAACCUCAGCUCGAUACGAGUCAAAUAUGAAGGUCAUGAUGUCCCUCUCGUGCUUGUUGAUGUCUUGACGGAAAUCGCAAAGGAUGUUGUUAGGACACACCACGGCAAGAGAAAUUAUGUUUCGUGGCAUGACUGGAUGAGCAGUGUCGUUGGGUGGCAAAAGAAUUUCCUCAGACAGCGAUAUGGUGCCGCCGCUUCUGCCGCCGCCGUCGAGUCGCACAACUCUUUCUCUGACGAGGAGCACGAGUCCUAUGUGUGGAAGCACCGCGCGGGAAAGAAACAUGACAGGGACUGCGCCGUCAAGGCACGCCGUAGGGCGGCUCACCUAGCCCGACGCUGAAGUGCUCGUACGUUGGCAGGGUGGACAAGGUGGCGUCUACCAAAGCUGAUCGCUCUAGUCUACUCCGUUCCGCGUGGACAGACCCCAAAGAGAAUGCCGUGCAUUCUGGAUCCAUAUGACAUCCAACCGAUAUUGGAUUUUUUUUUCUUUCAAUACCAGCAUGUCGUGAUUUUUAUAUGCUCAAAAUGAA